CGGCCCAGCCGGGACUUACCGCCGCCCGGCCCAACACAGGAAGUGCGUCUACGUCACGUCCGGCCCCGCCCCGCGGACGGUGGCCGACUGGCUGCCGCGCCCAGCGUGAUGCUGCUGCCACCAGCGGUGAGCGCCCGCUUGGCCGGAGCUCCUGGGACGGCCGAGCCGCUGCCGGUGGAGCGGGACCCCGCGGCCGGGGCGCCUCCCUUCCGCUUCGCGGCGCGCCCAGUACGCUUUCCUCGGGACCACGAGUUCUUCGAGGACGGGGAUGUGCAGCGGCACCUCUACCUGCAGGACGUGCUCACGCAGGUGGCCGAGGCGCCGGAGAGGUCCAGGGUGCCCGAGUUCACCUGUCACGUGGCCGGCUGCUGCCAGGUGUUUGCCGCCCUGGAGGACUACCAGCACCACUACCAUGUGAUGCACGGGAACGCCUGCUCCCUCUGCAGUCGUGCCUUCCCCUCCAGCCACUUGCUGGAGGCCCACAUCCUGGAGUGGCACGACUCACUCUUCCAGAUCCUGGCGGAGAGGCAGGACAUGUACCAGUGCUUGGUUGUAGGCUGCCCAGAGAAGUUCAAGACCAGCCAGGACCGGAAGGAUCACAUGGUGAGGCUUCACCUCUACCCUGCAGAUUUCCGGUUUGAUAAGCCCAAGACAAGCAGAGGUCCAGCUGUGUCAGGAGCUGAGGCAGGCCUGUCAGCCAGAACCCAGGAGGAUGGGGACGCCAUGGAAGUCUGCUCGGAACCCACUGUGCCGUCUCCCUGUAGGCGGUCCUACAGCCACAGGGUUCCUUCUACCAUCUGCUUUGGCCAGGGUGCAUCUCGAGGGUUUCAAAGCACCAAGAAGAGAAACAAACACCGCUGAUGGAUACGGAAAGAGAACGAGAACCAGGUGCCUGGGCAGACAGGUGGGAGACAGGACUCUGUGGGUAAUUGUAUCCACUGGAGCCUUUCUCUUGCUUCUCCUGUGACUGCUCUGGCAGACAUUUGCCACCUCCUUGUCUCUGUCCCUUCCCAAAUGAAACAGCAACUGUUACCAGAAGCAGCAGGGACUGCAGAUUCCAGAAAUGACUGGGAUGCACUAUGGGUAGUGACAUGGGAGAUGGCCUAAGAAUAUCCUUUUUAAACACAUAAAAUAAAUGUUUUU